ACAUCCCUGUGCGGAUUCCGGAGACUUCGCACACCGUAGAGUCUCUCUCCAGUGAAAAAAAAAAAAGAAAAGUGCGUUUUUGCUGACGUUGGGACCUUAAGAGGUCUGAUUCUUCCUAAGCGGUGUUCAUUUACGAAACGGCAAGCGGACAGGAGAGCCAAAAUGAAGAUUUCCGUAGCCUUGAUCCUUCUCGUGGUGCUUCUGGCAGUUUUCACCGAUGCCUCGCCAAUUGUUCCAGAAAGGCAAGCCAAACAGAUUCUGCGUACAAAGCGCUCGGAGAGAGAACGGAAAGCUGGACAUCCCGAUGAACCAAUGAGGGAGUAUAUGCUGUAUCUCCAGCGUCUGGAGCAGAGAUCAGAGGAACAAUUCUAUGAGCAUUGGUGGAACCCCCAUUGCCAGCCUCACUGCAAUCGCAACAUUGUCAACCCUGUUUAAUAGCAGCAGGACAACCUGGCCUAUGAAGAUCUGGAUAAGGACCUCAAAGUACUCUCACCAAAAAUAAGCAAGAAUAGUUUUGAAUCCUUCAAGCUAAAUGCCCUGAAGUCUGAAAUAUCUAUGUGAGCGAGGACACAUGUAGUGGACCAAACUGCUUGUUCACGGUGGAAGUCAACUAAACCCGACCACCGACUUUGAAGUGGUAGCAACCAAUUAACCUCUUAACAUAUUGAGUUAUGUGUUCUGUUUUAUAUUUCAGAAUGAUCGGAAUAACAAAUGUCUAUUAAGUGGAGUAAAGAUAUCUCAAUAUUUUCAUGUGCAAUACUGGGGCAAUGCAUUUAUGCAAUUACCUGAACCCUAACCCGCUGUGUGGCUCCAAAAAUUGGGACUAUACUUUCAAAAGUGGGUAACAUUAUACUUGCCUUGCAAAGAAGGGUACAGAUUCCUUUUUUUUUUUUUGUAGAAGAAUGGGGUAUAGUGCAAAACAAGCUUUUGAAAUUUUGACUAUAUAAAGUAAAUUCCUGAUAGUGUUCUGUUCUCAUAACAUAUUAAUGUAAAAAAAUGUAUAGGUACAACAUAAAAAUGCUUUUAUAUUAGGUACUGCAUUGUAUAUCUGCAUGAAUUACUGUAUAACCUUGGAAGCUUUAAUUAUACAGGCUACAAUAAAUUCACUGCAAAUUUAAAAA